AUGUCUCUUCGCGCUCAGAUCCUCGCAAAAGCACUGUCCGCCAUCCCCUCGCAAUCCUUCACUCGACCAGCCCUCGUCGGUUCUCUGGUCGCCCUCAAACCCGAGAUUCCCGACCCAGAAGCCGUCAUCGACACCGUAUUUGGUUCUGGCAAUGUGGUCCCCGCCAAGGCGCUUGUGGAAGCAUGGGAGGAGGAGGGCCUGAAGAGCAUGAGGGGAACAGGAGAAGGCCAAGGAAGAAAUGGCCUGGAAGCUCUUCUGGCUCGGAGGCUGGAAUAUAGCGCUGGCGUAGGAGAGCAUCUUGUGGAGGCCUAUGCCAACAUGGCAACUCCAGACAAGACUCACACCUUUCCCCUUCCCCUCAAUGCUGUCCGCACAAUCCUCUCGUCCCUCCAAACUUCCAUGCCGCCUCUCUAUUCUCCCGGACCAAAGCAGACUUCCCCAAAGCCUCAGCCAAUCAACCCCUCAUUCCCUACCCUAGAAGAUGAUUCUCCUCUCUCUCGUCUGUCCAGCAUAACGCCUCUGCCCAUCCCGCUGUUGAACCCCAUCCCGCCGUUGAUGCACUCUUUGCGCAUCGCUUCGGAGGCGAUCUACCACACCACCGACGCCCAUGCUACGACACUGGCUAAGAAAGGCGUGGUCAAGAGAGGGUACUGGAAUGAGCCUGUGGGCCCUGGUCCAGAGUGGUACGGAGAAAGGUUGGGAUUGGGUAUCGUGUAUCUCGUUGCGGAAUCACAUCUUCUACAACCACUACCGUCCCUUACAACUUCUGGUAAUCAAGUCAACCCUCAUCUCCCCGCCGCUCUCGCCUCUCUCCGCACCAAUCUCGUGCGCUACCAAAAGCUUGCAAAGGCCAUGGAAAACACCGAAGAGAAUGUUGGGGAUGUCAUGGGCUUCGUGGACUAUGUCGCCAGGAGCUGGCAGGGGUUGAUCAAGAGCCGAUACUGGUAG